AUUGCUCAGAUUGUAAGACGUAAGUAUCAGUCGCUUCUGAGAUCCUACAUCAACAUGAACACCAAGGUCUUCAUCCUCCUCGGUCUGGCAGCUAUUGCCGCUGCAGAUAGCUUCGAGUCCUACGAAUACAGGCCACCACAGAGCCGUUCCUCUGAGGAAUCCUACGAGUCUGGAGAAGCCAGAUACAACUUCCAAUGGGCUGUCGAUCACGAAGACUCCGGUAACAACUACGGACACCAGGAAGCCCGUGACGGUGAAGACACUCAAGGAUCCUACUAUGUACAUCUCCCCGACGGCCGCCUCCAGACCGUGAGAUACGUCGUGGACGGUGACGACGGCUACGUGGCUGAGGUCAACUACGAAGGCGAGGCUCGUUUCCCCGACUCGUACGAGUCUGCUUCCUUCGAGUCCCGCGAAUACAGGCCACGAUAUUUCUAUGACUCCAAUGAGUCUAAGUAAAGAUCCAACUUAAUCGAACCUCAGGACAUGAAGACUUUUCAGACAUUCUAUUUAUAUAUUUAUGUAUAAAUUUAAUAAAUUUGUAAUAUGAAA